CCCCGAACAGGCAGGAAUGGGGACUUCACGGGCCCUGAUGGCAAACAGAAAGGAAUGUGCGCUUUAUCUCAAAUGUAGAAAGAACACUACGUUCGACGGCCUGUAAUAAACAAGGCGACACGUAUUUUUCGGUUCGUCGGAUCCUUCAAGAUAUAUUCUGUUUCCUAUUUUUGUAUAUGUGUGUUUCUGUGACGGUGUUGUCAGUCUUCUCAAGCGACUGCUGACGUCCGUUCGCAAUCCCACUUUUGUCCCAUUUUCGAUUUAUUACGGGCCGUAUGCUCAGUAAAAGAACCUUCGAGGAAAUCCUUCAUUUCAUCCGAAGGAAACUCUAACGGCAGCUGAGGGUGGUCGCUCAAGCCUGUGAUGGAUCGGUGAUCUCAGUGGUGGUCUUCCUCAUCUUCCUCCUCCUCCUCCUCCUCCUCCUCUUCUCUCUCACUGCCACUGCCUGCUGCGAGUGGAGAACGCGUACCUCGACAGGCGCCUGCGUCGUCUCCCCCCCCCACUGCUCCCCUAGGGGGUCAAAGGUCGUAGGUCAGCAGCAGCAGCAGCAGCGGCGGCGGCGGCCAUGAAGAGCGAGGUCCCAGCCGAGGCGGCGGCGCAGCGGAAGCCGGAGCACCUGAAGGUUCCGCUGGCUCCGCCCCCCCCGCUGGCGCCCGAGCCCAUGGACACGGGCAAGAGCUUCCCCGCCGACGUGGACGACGUGCUGGGCAAGGGCAAGGCGGGCAGCGAGUUCUCCCCGCUCUGCGCCGUGCCACCGCCCCUGCCGGCCCACGACGACAACGACGGCGGCAACAACGCCGGCAACAACGCCCACCACCGGCCGUCACGGGACGGCGAGCGCGACCGGGGGCUCCCCGGGCGGAAAAAGCGCAAGGGUCAGCAGCAGGCGGGGCCCUCGGACUGCUCGGCCCUCAAGGCGCCCGCGCUCGCGCCCGCUCAGCUGCCCCCUCCGCGGGUGCCCCCCCCUCCCCCCCCAACGCCGCCGUUGACGCCGGCCGCCCUCAACGGAGGAGUGCGGAGCGAGGACGAGCGCCACCACCACCACCACCACCACCACCACCACCCGGAGUCGUCGCUGAGCGACUGCGCGUCCUCGCACUCGUCCAGCCUGCGCCUGGGCGACUCGGACACGCUCAGCACGGACGAGGACGGCGACGGGGAGGGGGGGGGCGGCGCGGUCCAGCAGGGCUCCAGGGCGUCCGGCGUGGGGGGGUCGCAGCAGCAGCAGCAGCAGCACACACACGGCUCGCACGCACACACCCGCUCCCAGCAGCUGUUGCCCCCGACGCAGACGGCGCAGCAGCAGCAGCCGAUGGCACGGACUCGGGCCAGCCGGAGGUGGGCCAGACUCGAGCCGGAGGCGGUGCUCCUGAAGCGCCAGUGCCUGAGCGCCCGCAAGCCGCACGCGCACCGGAAGCGUCUGGUCAAGGCGUCGUCCGGCGGCGGCGGCGGAGGGGGAGGGGUCAGUAGCGGCGGCGGCGGGAUCGGGGGGGUCGGGGUCGGGGUGCAGCGGACGAGCAAGCAGAAGGAGCGCCUCCUGCUGCAGCGGAAGAAGCAGCGCGAGUCGUUCAAGCGCCGGAAGUACGCGCUGCUGCAGAGCUCCUCGUCGUCCAGCAACGAGCUCACCAGCGACUCCUCGCCCUCGUCCAGCGAGCACCACCACGACGACCACGACGACGACGACGUCUACCUGGACGUCAGCAGCACGCAGAGCAGCGCCGCCAACGCCAGCACGGGUGUGCUGGAUGAGGACGUGGUGGUGAUCGAGGCCACGCCCGCUCCGCCCGUGCCCGCCAGUGAGGAGAUCAACGUCACGUCCACGGACAGCGAGGUCGAGAUCGUCACCGUGGGAGACGGCUUCAGGCCGCGCUCUGUGGGGGGUCACGGGCGGAUGCUGUGGGGUCCCAGCUGUUCCCAGAGUCGGGGCCCAGAGGGACGCAACCGCCACCGCCUGUCCACCGUCAUCCAGCCGCUCCGACAGAGCCAGGGAGAGGUGGUGGACCUCACUGUGGACGAGGACGACAUCUCAGUGGUGGCCACCACCUCCGAGGGCGUGCACACUCAGGCGGUCAGCUCUUCGUCCUCGUCCUCGUCGUCCUCGUUGUGCGCGUCCCUGCGCGCCUCUACCUCAGAGCUCCAGCGGGAGGCCCCCGCCCCCUCUGGCCCCGCCCCCUCUGGCUCCGCCCCCUCUGGCUCCGCCCCCAGCGCCCCCGACAGCACGCUGGGACACCACGCCCACGCCGGCCCCCCCUCCUCCAGCAGCGCCACUGCCCCUGAGGAUGACAGAAGAGGAUCAUCCAGCCUAUCAGGAGAGAGUGGGGGUGUGGCCAUGCCCCGCCUGCCCUCCUGCUGCCCGCAGCACUCGCCCUGCGGAGGAGGCGGCCCGUCGCCGGGUCACAUGACCUUAGGCCACGCCCACUCGGGCUGCAUGCAGGCGGGGGGAGCGUCCCAGCAGGCGGCGGGGGCAUCGCAGCACGGGCACACACACACUCACGGGCACGGGCACGGGCACACUCACGGGCACAGCCACGCGGCGCCGCACUCGCACCACUUCCACCACCACCACCACCACGUGGGGCCGCCGCCGCCGCUGGGCUUCGGAGAGCAGCCGUGCCCACUGGAGCGCCCGCAACCCCAGCACCCCCCCCAGCACCCCCAGCCCUGCAGCGGAGUCAGCAGCACCACCGCCCCGGGCCAGUACCACGACCAGACUUUGCCAGUUGAUCUCAGCAGCAGUGCGGUGCGCAGUGGCGGCGGAGGUGCUGGAUCUGGUUUCCAUGGCACCUCGGCCUUCGACCCCUGCUGCCCCGGCUCGACCUCGCGACCCCCGGCGUUCGGGUCACAGUCGGCCGGGCCGCUGAGUCAGGCGGGCGGGGCAGUAGAACCCUUCAGCCCGGCACUGGUGGCCCAGACACAGAACCAGCAGCCUCUCUCCUCCUGCCGUCACUACGUACACCCCUCCUACGGUCUAGCUCGUUCGCUGCACCACCAGUCCUCCGCCUGCCCCCACGCCCACGCCAACCCCCCUCCCCCUCCCCCGGCGCCCCCCCAGGGCGACUACGUCAUCCCCCACCCGGUCCACGCCUUCCCCGCGCCCCCUCCGCCCCUGCCCACCCACGCCCACCUCCCGGGCCCCAGCAGCGGGGCGCCCCUGGCACAGCACCUGCCGGCCGUACCCGGGCCGGAGCACGGCACGCUGCCCCACCACCUGCCCCCCGUACUGGGCACGCAGGUGCAGCGACUCCACCAGCACGACAUGCUCAGGAUGGAGGCCCAGCGCAGACGCAUGAUGCAGCACCCGACGCGAGCUCAUGAGCGCCCCCCUCCUCACCCCCACAGAAUGCACCCCAACUACGGCCACGGCCACCACAUCCACGUGCCCCAGACCAUGUCCUCCCAUCCACGCCAGUCCGAACAGAGAACAUGGGAGCUGGGCAUCGAGACGGGAGUGACUGUAGCUCCAUACCCUUCAGGGCACCUGCACACACACAUGCCCCACUACCACCAUGCGCCACCAAGGCUGCACCACUUCCCUAUGCCUUUCAUGCACACGGGGAUGUCGGAGAUGCCCUACCCCCACAUCCGUUACAUCUCUUCUAGGAUGACUGGAUUCGGACGCACCUACGAGGAUCUCCUGCGUAUUGAGGACAGGCUGAGCACAGUAAACAGAGGAGCAUCCCAGGGAACUAUAGAGAGGUGCACUUAUCCUCACAAGUACAAGAAGAAGGUGGGGAAGACAGACAUUGAGGAACAGUUAUCCCCCAAGACACGCUCAUCUAUUGGGGAAAAUAUGCAAGCAACCACAGCCUCGAGGAAGCUGCACGGGAAGCAGGAUGAGGACGAGGGAGCCGAGGAGGACACCGAGGAGAAGUGCACCAUCUGCCUGUCCAUACUGGAGGAGGGAGAGGACGUCAGGCGUCUGCCGUGUAUGCAUCUGUUCCAUCAGCUGUGCGUGGACCAGUGGCUGCUGACCAAUAAGAAGUGCCCCAUAUGCAGAGUGGACAUUGAGGCCCAGCUGUCCUCCGAAAGUUGAUGCUGUUCCUCCAGCGUUCCUUCGUGGAGGAACUCCUACACUCCCCACCCUUCUGUUUAGCUUUUCUUUUCACUCUCUCUGUCUCUCUCUCUCUCUCUCUCUCUCUCCGUUUUGUCUCUUUCUUCUCGAGUAACACAUUCAACCAAAGAUGGCAUCACUCCCCGCACCCCCCAGCGCCAACCGUUAUGUCACGUCACGAAGGGGGGAGGAGAGAGGAUGAACUUCAGCCAGUCGGAAGAAAGGAGAGAAUGAACUUUAACCAACCAGAAGAGAGGAAAGGAGAGGAGUCCCGCCCCCCUGGCUCAGACUCAAGCGUCCUGCCCGCUCGGCUAGAAACCCACGUCUCCAUUGUGGAAUUGUGAAUUUGUUGUAUUUAUGAAGCUUUUUCAUUUUUAAUUUUAUUUUUUCAUUUCUUUGUUUUUGUUUAUUGCAUGGUUCCUUGCGAUGCAUUUCUUUGCACAUAUAAUGAACUCAGCUGGCGCCCCCAGCCCAUGAACUGCCAGGCAAGGAGAGCCGCUCUAGCAGAGCAGCAUUUUUUAUAACGUUAUACCUAAUGCCUUGCUUUACUGGACACGAAUGUCGACCUCCGUUUCUGAUGAAAACAUGCAUUGCAGGACUCACUCUCCGUAUCAGUAUAUCGAUUAGUUUACAUUUUAGAUGAUGUGAUCUGUUAGAGUUUUUUUUUUUUUUUUUUUUUUUUUCCUCCCCCGAGUGAUUCAUGACAUUCCUUUAUGGGGAAAAACAAAAAAAAAGAGAAAGAUAUCAUGUUAGCGAGAUUGGCUGCUGCCAUAGUGAGCACAACCUCACCAUUAAAUCACUUCCCCUUACAAGUAAUGGACAUGCCACCCCACCCCCAAACCCCCCCCCCCCCCCCCCCCC